GGUAAAUUUUCUGUUCUAAAGUAGGGGAGAAGGAUCAGCAAUGAAAAAUCACACAGUACCCACAGAAUUCAUUCUUCUAGGACUAUCCAAUGACCCAGAGCUUCAGAUUGUGAUUUUUCUCUUUUUAAUCAUCACAUAUAUAUUAAGCGUCACUGGAAAUUUGACCAUCAUCACUCUCACCUUGGUGGACUCCCAUUUACAGACCCCUAUGUAUUUCUUUCUCAGGAACUUCUCUGUAUUAGAAAUUUCAUUUACCACUGUCUGUAUCCCUAGAUUUCUGGGCACAAUUAUCACCAGGGACAAAACUAUUUCAUACAACAAUUGUACCACUCAGUUGUUUUUCUUUAUCUUCAUGGGUAUAACUGAAUUUUAUCUUCUAACUGCCAUGUCCUAUGAUCGCUAUGUGGCUAUCUGCAAACCCCUGCAUUACACAACCAUCAUGAAUAAAAGAGUCUGCAUAUUGCUUGUCUUUUUUGCUUGGCUGGCAGGAUUCCUAAAUAUUUUCCCUCCAGUUAUUCUUUUUCUCCAGUUAGAUUACUGUGGCUCCAAUAUUAUUGAUCACUUUGCUUGUGACUAUUUCCCCCUCUUGCAAUUGUCCUGCUCAGACACAUGGCUCCUAGAAGUAAUUGGUUUUUACUCUGCAAUCAUGAUUCUGCUUUUCACUUUGGCCUUAAUAAUUCUAUCCUACAUGUUCAUCAUUAAGACAAUUCUGAAACUGCCUUCUGCUAGUCAGAGAAAAAAGGCAUUUUCUACAUGCUCCUCUCACAUGAUCGUCAUUUCCAUCUCUUAUGGAAGCUGCAUCUUCAUGUAUGCCAACCCUUCAGCAAAAGAAAAGGCAUCCUUGACAAAAGGAGUAGCUAUUUUGAAUACUUCUGUUGCUCCUAUGAUGAAUCCAUUUAUAUAUACCCUGAGGAACCAGCAAGUGAAGCAAGCAUUUAAGGAUACCAUCCAAAAGGUCAUGUUUCAUUCUAGUAAAUGAAAGUGUUUGUAGCAUUAAAAGAAUAAAAUUUUGUCAAUGUAUUCUAUUAUUCACACUCUCUCCAAAUUCUCUUUCCUUCACUAUUUACAUUAUAUAUAUUUGGUUAUGUGUUUUUUUCCCUCUUGUUUAUUCCCAUAUAAAAUCUCCCCCAUUAUGAACCCAAUAAAUUUGACAAAGCUAAAUAUUGCCUCAGAACUUUCCUGUAAAUUGUAUUAUUUAAAUGCAUUUGGAAGAAGUGAAAAGCACAGGUUAAUGUUACAGUUUUGAGUAGAAGUGGUUUGCUUUUGACGAGACACAGGCCAUUAGUUUGAUGGAAAGAGUGUUAGAAUAGAAGUGGAUUUUUGAACUUUUCAUUCAUACUAG